UGACAUUAUUGACAUGCAACCAGAGUUUUCUUCCGACUUUCGUCUGCGGCUCUGGCGAGUGGCGGCUCAUUGACACUUAUUGACAUGCUAAGUGGAAGUGGAAACCUUGGAUAAUAUUUAUUUGCGAGUGAUUUUGUGUAGUGCAACAUAUGGCAAAAAUAAUAUUGCUCGCAUCAAACGCACUGUAAUUUCUUGCAGAAAACAUUUAAAGGGUCACCGACAGAAAAAUAUAAAAUGGCUCAAGUAUCGGUAACUGGUUCAUCGGUUGGUGGAACAGGAGGAGACAGUGAGGGUGAGGAGCAGGAAGACCCUUCAUCGUCGUCACCUGAUGAAGUGCUAGAAAUUGAUGAUUCUCUUAAAAAAUUAAAUAUGCAAGAUAAGCCACAGGCGAAGCAGCUGUUCUUGAGUGGCAUAGAGAUGGAGCAGCGCGGCAGGCUGUAUGAGGCCAUCCAGCAUUACAAGUACUCCCUGCAGAUACUGCCUGACGUUGAGAAGCGCCUGCAUAACGAACUACAGGCCGCAAUUCCUGAAGAGGAGGUGAUAGAAACAGAAGUAAUAAGACCAAAAGUGGCAUACCCUGAAGAUGAUGAGGAGGAAAUCGAAGGGGAGGACCUGCUGAGCAAGUUGAGAAGGAUCCUCGCUUCCAAGGGAGCACUGUGUGAACCUGAACUCGAGACUACGGAUGCCCACAUCUCCUGGCUGCCGUACGAAGUGAUCCUGGAAAUACUUCGCUGGGUGGUCAGCUCAGAGCUGGAUGUGUUCUCACUGGACCAGGUGUCCAACGUCUGCCGAGGACUGUACGUCGCUGCACGAGAACCUGACAUAUGGCGCUCGCUUUGUCUCAACACUUGGGGCAUUGAAUGCGGCACCCUGGCAUCGCACGGCUACAUAUCCUGGCGACAGAUGUACAUGGCGCGGCCCCGGGUACACUUGCAUGGCGUCUACAUCAGCAAGACAACGUACGUGCGACACGGGGAUAAAUGCUACCAGAAUGAAUUCUACCAGUCUUGGUUCCUCAUCGACUACUAUCGGUACCUCAGGUUCUUCGCGGAUGGCACAGUGCUGAUGUGGACGACGCCGGACGAGCCCCAGUCGUGCGUGGGUCACCUCAAGAACCGACAGUUCAAGCACGGGCUCGGCAUCAUGCCCGGCCACUACAGAGUCGUUGGGGAAAAGGAGUUGGAGUUGCUCGGUUCCCGUACGCAGCGUAACUGUCGCAUGGAGUGGCGCCACUACGCGGCGUGCACGCGCCGCGACCAAUGGACUCAGUUCGAGCUGACGCCGGGCAAGUUCCCUCCCUUCCGCUUCAGUCGAGUUCGUAGCUAUAUGGCCGAGUCUGAAGCACCGCUGCCUUCUCGUCAUUAUAACUAAAGCCCGAUCUGCAGGGUUGUCACAUAGCUAAGAUUCAGGAUUCCGGUCUCUAGUAAGUCAUGGGCAAAUACAUACAUCUAUGUAUUUAGUAGUUCUUCUGUGUGAUCUGACUAUUGUACACUGUACAGCUGAAUUGUAAAACAAAAGCAAUUAUUUAAGACAGGUAAAGUGAUACUCGCCUUAGAAUUGUCUGAACUUCGUGUUGAAAUUGUAAAAAUCAACCUUACUUCUUAUGAAAUAAAAGACAUUUUUAAUCUAAUUUGUAAAACUCUUGCCUCUAAACAAACUAAUUUAACGCACAAAAAAGGUGCUUUAAGUUAAAAUUUUAAUUACAAAAGUUGAUAUUUUUGCCUUUAAAGUAAUUCAGUGUAAAUGUUUGCUUUGAUAAAGCGUGUAAGACGUAAUUGUAUAUAAGGGAGUACACAGACUGGACUGUUGUGGAUAAAGUCGGAAAUUAUUAAAAGAUACAUAAAAUAUACAGUUAUCUUUGUCUCAAAAUAGUCAAAGUGUCAGUGAUUAGUUAUAAAUAAAAUUAAAUUCUGAAAUAAAGAAACCCAAAUCUUUAAAAAGUAGAGAAAAAGUCUUGUUCAAUGAGCCAAACUAUUCGGUAGACAUGUAAAAAAUAAUUAUAGAUUCAGCACAGAGACAAUGAAUUAUCUGUCGUAUGUAUAAAUACCUAAGUGACAUUCUGCCUUGAUAAGUUUAUAAAUAAGGUUGUUGUAAAACUAAUUUGCUGUAGUCA